UGCCAAAAACUCCAUCCAAACAAAUCAAAACCAAACGUGGUCGCCAUAAACUAUGGAAGCAAGAGCACAUGACUUCAGCUUUAGUUGAAAUUGCUAGUGGCACAACAAGCAUAAGGGAGGCUUCCCGAAAAUAUGGAAUUCCGAGGGGCACGAUACAAGACCGGGUACAUAAUCGAGUAGAGGAUGGUACAUGUCCUUGUCGUCAGCCUAAACUAUGUAAAGAUGAUGAAACAAAACUGAUGGACUAUGCUAGCAACCGUGCAUGUAUGGGCAUUGGUUUCAGUAAAACCAAUUUUCUAAGAUAUGCAGCAGAUCUUGCUUCAAAAAGAGGCAAACCUUUCAAAAACCCUAUUCCGACGGGAAAAUGGUGGAAAGGAAUAAAAAAAGAGCAGGUAACAUAAGCCUUAGAAAACCAGAGGCAGCAGCCUCUGUUAGACAUGCCUGUAUGAACAGGACUUACGUGUCCAAAUAUUUUGACCAAUUGGAGAAUGUCUUGAAGCAGAACGACCUGACCAACAAGCCUGAAAACUUGUGGAAUAUGGAUGAAACUGGAUGUUCAUUGUCUCACAAUCCUGGUUUCAUCAU